AUGGCAGUAACCAUAAGAUUAGAAGACGCUUUUAAAUUAAUUCCACUAUGCACAGGAAUAGACGAUAUCUAUCAAUUCAUAAAUGCAUGCGAUAUGGCAGUAAGUCUAGUCGACACAAAUAGUGCACCAACACUAGUAAAAUAUAUUACCACACGUUUAACGGGUAGAGCGUUAGAAAUGAUUAAAUACAAAAAUGUAUCGAAAUGGCAGUUUAUAAAAAUUUAUUUAACAGAUGCAUUUGAGGUAACAACCACGGCAUCGUCGUUACAACUUCAAUUAAAUUCGAUUAGAAUGUAUCACAAUGAGGAUGUAAACGAUUAUUGUCAUAGAGUAGAGAAAUUAUAUUAUCAGUUAUGUACCGUAAGCACAUUAGGCAAAGAAGCUGCAGAAGCAAAAAUUAUAUAUGAUAUAUUAAGGGAACAAACUCUAGCGAUAUUUAUUAAAGGAUUAGUAGAACCGAUUAGAACAAUAGUAAAAUCUCGUAACCCCAAAACCCUGGAGAUCGCGAAACAACUUGCUAUGUCGGAACAGGUGGAACUAAGAUUAGAACAGGAAAAUAGGAACCAUUAUUCGAAUAUUCAUUCACAAAAUUAUAACCAGCGCAGAUCGAAUUACGAAAAUAGGAACAACGAAAACAUUAGACCAAAUAAACCUGUAAGGACAAAUAAUUAUCCACGUGCAAACAAUUUUUCUCAACCAAUCAAUAGGCCAGCAAUAAAAUGCUAUAAUUGUAAUGGUAAUCAUUAUGCAUCUCGAUGUAGGAAUAAUACGAGACCUAGUUAUGCGAGCAAUGGCCAUAACAACCGUCCACCUGAUAGGAAAAAUUUUACGCAACCACUUACGAAUUAUAAUAUACAGGUAGUUACGUGUUCAUACUGUAAUCGAACUGGUCAUAAUAUCGACUCGUGUUAUAAAAAGAGAAACGAUGAGAGUAGAAACGUUAAUAAUUCGGAAAACGAAAACGUGUCGAACGAGAGGCGCGGUACUCGUACGAUAAACCAGAUUAUCGCGGAACAACCGACUCACGAAUAUUCCACAUAUUCUCAACCUUAG